AUUAUCUAUAUAUAGAAUCGCAAGGCAAAACUGAAUGAAUAUAAUAGCCAUGUUUUCUAAGGUUCCGAUAUUGCUUCUCUUACUAUCCAUAACCAUAACAGUAGUACCAGCUUCAUCUCAAGAUGAUCAUGGUAAUCUCAGUUUCGUAUUCAAUAAUGGAUUCAAUUCAAGUGACCUGGACCUCGACGGCUUUGCUGAAAUAACAUCCAAUGGCCUCCUCAGGCUCACAAACAACACGGAACACAAAACGGGUCAUGCUUUCUUUCCCAAUCCAGUCACCUUCAAGGCCACCCCAAACGGCACAAUUUCUUCCUUCUCCACCACGUUCGCCUUUGCCAUCAGAUCGAUGAUGGCGGACCUGGGCGGCCACGGCAUGGCUUUUGUGACCGCUCCGACAAAAGGUCUUCCCGGAGCUCGGUGGGGCCACUAUCUUGGCUUUACUAACGAGUUCGCCAGUAAAGACAAGGCCGCCAACAAAGUUGUCGCCGUCGAGUUCGAUACGGUCUACGACAGCGAGAUCGGAGACAUCGACAAAAACCACGUGGGGGUUGACAUUAAUGAUAUAAGAUCGGUUACAGCUGAAUCGGCGAGCUAUUUCGACGAAAAAAGGGGCGGGUUUACGAACUUAUCUCUUAUGAGUGGUAAACCGAUGAAAGUAUGGGUCGAAUAUGACGCUGUUAAGAAGCAGAUGAACGUGACUUUAGCUCCGGCCGAAGCUGUUAAACCCCAGAAACCGCUUUUGUCUUUGACCAAAGAUCUUUCAUCGAUCAUAAAUGACACCAUGUAUAUAGGUUUUUCUUCCGCAACAGGCACUGUAGUUAGUAGUCAUUAUGUUCUGGGUUGGAGCUUUAAGAUUAAUGGGGUAGCUCAAGAGCUCGACUUCUCCAAACUCCCACAGCUUCCUCGGGUUGGACCUGAACCAAUAUCAAAGCUUUUGGCAAUUGGGUUACCUGUGAUUUGUUCGAGCUUGGUAGCUCUAGUGAUCUUUAGUUUAGUUUAUUUCAUCAGAAGAAAGAGAAAAUUUGCAGAGCUAAUUGAAGAUUGGGAACUCGAAUAUGGACCCCAUAGGUAUAAAUACAAAGAUUUGUAUAUGGCGACAGAGGGUUUCAAGGACAAAGAUUUAUUGGGUAGGGGAGGAUUUGGUAUAGUGUAUAAAGGAGUAUUACCCUCUAAAACAGAGAUUGCUGUGAAAAGAGUCGCUCACGAAUCAAAACAGGGUAUGAGAGAAUUUGUUGCUGAAAUCGCCAGUCUCGGCCGGCUCCGGCACCGGAAUAUUGUACCCCUUUUGGGCUAUUGUCGCAGAACCUCCAAAGGCUCAAAAAUAGUAAAUGAAAUUUCAUUCUGUACAGAAAAAGUGACUGAUAAAUUAUAUUUUGAUGAUAAUUCUCAAAGAAUCUAA